CCAUCCCCGGGCAAUGAGCCAUUCAUCAUCGGUAAGAAUGAGUUGCCUUGGCCGCUGGCGUCGUUUUCUGUGCGCUCCGAAGGUGGAUUGUCAUCCAUCGCCCUGAGAUCUCUUGUGCGCUGAGGAGGCCGGUCGGCAGAUCUGCACCGACCAGAGACCGUGCACGGCCCGCUCACGUAAGCCAGCAGAAAAGACAACACAAAUCACAAACAGCACUAAAUGGCUUCGUCAUGUCUGUCCUCGCCGCAGUGCGAUGGCCACCUCACACACCUCCUCGCGGCAAUCGCAGCCUGACCAUCCUCAGGCAAGUCAGAAGGAGAGGUCUGUCACGUCUGUGUGCCUUUAGGUGGUUUGUGUGUGGUUUUAGGAGUCGGGUGCGAUGGCUCAUUCAGAAUCGGCUGGACCUCAACCACACACACACACACAGGUACCCAACCGCCCCACACACAGAAACACCACACACGAUGUGAGCAUCUGUCUGCGUGUCCCCGUGCUGCAGGCCCGAAGGCGGUGGAAGAAACGAAGGGACAGAAGAAGAGCACUGUGGCGCAUCCCAGGCAGCAGAGAGAGCCGCAGUGAGAAGCACACAUGCGGCCAUCGGGGUGGGGGGAGUGGAUGGUGGGGUCAUUUUUCAUCAGGUGUACACGCCAUUCGCAGCGGUUCUUUUGUUCUUGUGCGUUCAGUCAUACACCGAUGUGUGCACGUGUGCAUACGCUGUCACUUCCGUCGUCUGAAGUGUGUUGUGCUAUCGCUGAGCUGACUCUUAUGCGGGUGCGUGGUUUUGGUGGGGGAGGUGUACAUGCACAGGCAGACAGGGAACAGACGACCAGAAGCAGGAGAGGUGCUGGUGUGUCGCACGUGAAUGCGCGCUCAUGCGAGGAAUCAAUGAAG